UCUAGACCUAGCUUGUACGCUCAGUUUCUUCCAACGCAGAGCUGACCGCCACCGGCCCCUUCUCAGAGUGAAAUCAUGAAGGUAGUGAACUUGAAGCAAGCCAUUUCGCAAGCCUGGAAGGAGCGAUGGAGUGACUACCAGUGGGCAAUCAACAUGAAGAAAUUCUUUUCCAAAGGAGCCACCUGGGACAUUCUCAACCUAGCAGAAGCACUACUGGAGCAGGCCAUGACUGGACCUUCCCCCAAUCCUCUCGUCCUGUCCUACCUGAAGUAUGCCAUUAGUUCCCAGAUGGUGUCUUACUCCUCUGUCCUCACAGCUAUCAGUAAGUUUGAUGACGUUUCCCGGGACUUGUGUGUCCAAGCUUUGCUGGAUAUCAUGGACAUGUUUUGUGACCGACUGAGCUGUCAUGGCAAAGCCGAGGAGUGCAUCAGGCUGUGCCGGGCCCUUCUCAGCGUCCUCCACUGGCUGCUGCGCUGCACUGCAGCCUCUGCGGAGUGGCUCUGGGAGGGGCUGGAGGCCGGCAUUCCAGCCGCGGGGGAGAAGCAGCUUGCCAUGUGCCUUCUGCGCCUGGAGAAGACCCUCAGCAGCACCAAGAAUCAAGUCCUGCUCCACAUCGCCAAACUAGACGAGGCCUCCUCCUGGACUGCCAUUGAGCAUUCUCUCUUGAAGCUUGGGGAGAUCCUGGCCAAUCUCAGCAACCCCCAGCUCCGGAGCCAGGCUGAGCAGUGUGGCACGCUUAUUAGGAGCAUCCCCACGAUGCUGGCUGUACACUCGGAGCAGCUGCACAAGACGGGCUACCCCACAGUCCAUGCGGUGGUCCUGCUCAAGGGCUCCAUGAACCUGACAGGCGAGACACAGCCCCUGGUGGAACAGCUGAUGAUGGUGAAGCGCAUGCAGCAUAUUCCCAUCCCACUUUUCGUCCUGGAAAUCUGGAAGGCUUGCUUCGUGGGGCUCAUCGAGUCUCCCGAGGGUACAGAGGAGCUCAAGUGGACAGUUUUCACCUUCCUCAAGAUCCCACAGGUGUUGGUGAAGUUAAAGAAAUACUGUCACGGGGACAAGGACUUUACAGAGGACGUCAGCUGUGCUUUCGAGUUCCUGCUGAAGCUCACACCCUUGCUGGAUAAAGCUGACCAGCGCUGCAACUGUGACUGUACAAAAUUCCUACUCCAAAAAUGUAGCAAGCAGGGGCUUCUGUCUGAAACCAGUGUGACCAACCUCAUGGCCAUGGCAGCAGACCGGGAGCAUGCACCCCAGCUGAAAUCAGGAGAAAAUGCCAACAUCCAGCCCAAUCCUGGGCUCAUCCUCCGGGCAGAGCCCACUGUCACAAAUAUCCUCAAGACGAUGGAUGCAGACCACUCCAAGUCCCCAGAGGGCCUGCUAGGAGUCCUGGGCCACAUGCUGUCCGGGAAGAGUCUGGAUCUGCUGCUGGCCGCUGCCGCCGCCACUGGGAAGAUUAAAUCCUUCGCCCGGAAAUUCAUCAGUUUGAAUGAAUUCACAACACACGGCAAUGAAGAACUCGCCAAAGCAGCCUCCGUUCGCGCCUUGCUCUUCAACAUCUCCUUCCUCAUGUUGUGCCAUGUGGCUCAGACCUAUGGUUCAGAGGUGAUUCUGUCCGAGUCAAGCACAGGAGCACAGGUGCCCUUCUUUGAGACGUGGAUGCAGACUUGCAUGCCCGAGGAGGGCAAAAUCCUGAACCCUGACCACCCCUGCUUCUGGCCUGACUCCACCAAAGUGGAGUCCUUGGUGGCCUUGCUCAACAACUCCUCGGAGAUGAAGUUGGUGCAGAUGAAGGGGCACGAAGACAGCAUUUCAGCGGCCAUCUUGGAAAUCCUCAAUGCCUGGGAGAAUGGGGUACUGGCCUUCGAGUCCAUCCAGAAAAUCACAGAUAACAUCAAGGAGAAGGUGUGCAGUCUGGCAGUGUGUGCUGUGGCUUGGCUUGUGGCCCAGGUGCGGAUGCUGGGUUUGGAUGAGCGCGAGAAGUCACUGCAGAUGAUCUGCCAGCUGGCAGGGCUGCUGUACAGUGAGAACACACUGCAGUUCUACAGUGAGAGGAUGGUGAUCAUGAGCUCGAUCCUGGAGCACAUGUGUGCCGACGUGCUGCAGCAGACGGCCACCCAGAUCAAGUUCCCGUCCAUGGGUGUGGACACAAUGCCCUACUGGAACCUGCUGCCUCCCAAGCGACCCAUCAAGGAGGUGCUGACGGACAUAGUCGCCAAGGUGCUAGAGAAGGGGUGGGUGGUCAGCCGCUCCAUCCACAUCUUUGAUACCCUGCUGCACAUGGGAGGCGUCUACUGGUUCUGCAACAACCUCAUUAAGGAGCUGCUGAAGGAGACGUGGAAGGAGCACACGCUGCGGGCAGUGGAGCUGCUCUACUCUAUCUUCUGUCUGGACAUGCAGCAGGUGACCCUGGUCCUGCUGGGCCACAUCCUGCCAGGGUUGCUCACCUAUUCCUCCAAGUGGCACAGCCAUGGCACUGCGCUGGCCAAGCUAGCCGUCUGGUGUGCCCUCAGUUCCUAUUCCUCCCAUAAGGGACAGGCGUCCUCCCGCCAAAAGAAGAGACACCAUGAAGACAUCGAAGAUUAUAUCAGUCUCUUCCCCUUGGACGACAUGCAGCCCUCAAAACUGAUGCGACUGCUGAGCUCCAAUGAGGAAGAUGCCAACAUCCUCUCGAGUCCCACUGACCGCUUCAUGAGCAGCUCCCUGUCAGCCUCCCAGCUGCACACGGUUAACAGGAGAGACCCGCUGAACCGAGUCCUGGCCAACCUCUUCCUGCUCAUCUCAUCCAUCCUGGGCUCGCGGACCGCGGGCCCGCACACUCAGUUUGUGCAGUGGUUCAUGGAGGAGUGUGUGGAUUGCCUGGAGCAGGGCAGCCGAUCCAGCAUCCUGCACUUCACGCCCUUCACCACCGUAUCGGAACUGGUGAAGGUGUCAGCCAUGUCCAGCCCCAAGGUGGUUCUGGCCAUCACGGACCUCAGUCUGUCCCUGGGCCGCCAGGUGGCUGCCAAGGCCAUUGCUGCGCUCUGACAGGCUGGGGGGUAGCCGCAGGGGCCGUGUGGGGGACCACAGCCCCAGGCGCCUCAC